AUGAAAAACUUGACUCUGUUUAACAAGCAAUUUUGUGUUUCUCUAUGUUUUCUUGUGUUGUUUUUCUCUAUUGGUGUAGCACAAGAGCUUCUUUUUAAUGGAGAUGUUUCCAAGAAAUGUAAGGAGGGAACAGGAUCCAGUUACCUUUGUUCUUGGGCUAGCGAUAAAAUUGUUGCGGAUAACAAUUUUGCUCCAUCCCUUUUGCGACAAUCAACCUUGAAUUCACGAGUAUAUACUAAGCCUGCAUAUGUAUACACACCUCCACAACCUUCAUCCUCUAUCUAUGAGACUCCUUCAACUCCACAACCUAAAGUACCUAAAUAUCCAUCAUAUAGGCAAGUGUCUUAUGCAAAUUAUCCUCAACCAAAGGUCUAUAGGAGAUCACUAUUAAAAAUUCUACCAAGUUCAGCUUAUGACCAACCUCCUCCAGCAUCUCCACCACCUCUUCAAACACCUCCUACUUACCAGCCACCACCCGCUCCUGUCUACAAACCUCCAACAAGUCCAUCGCCUCCUCCACCGCCCCCACCACCCCCUCCUGCCUACAAACCUCCACCAAGUCCAUCGCCUACUCCACCACCACCACCACCACCUGCCUACAAGCCGCCACCAAGUCCAUCGCCGCCUCCUCCUCCACCACCACCACCUGCCUACAAACCUCCAACAAGUCCAUCGCCUCCUCCACCGCCCCCACCACCCCCUCCUGCCUACAAACCUCCACCAAGUCCAUCGCCUCCUCCACCACCCCCACCACCCCCACCACCACCUGCCUACAAACCUCCACCAAGUCCAUCGCCUCCUUCACCACCACCACCACCUGCCUACAAACCUCCAACAAGUCCAUCGCCUCCUCCACCGCCCCCACCACCCCCUCCUGCCUACAAACCUCCACCAAGUCCAUCGCCUCCUCCACCACCUCCACCACCCCCACCUGCCUACAAACCUCCACCAAGUCCAUCGCCUCCUCCACCACCACCACCACCCCCACCAUCCCCUCCUGCGUACAAACCUCCACCAAGUCCAUCGCCUCCUCCACCACCCCCACCAUCCCCUCCAGUCUACAAACCUCCACCAAGCCCACCACCCGCUCCUGUCUACAAACCUCCAACAAGUCCAUCGCCUCCUCCACCGCCCCCACCACCCCCACCAACCCCUCCUGCCUACAAACCUCCACCAAGUCCAUCGCCUCCUCCACCACCCCCACCACCACCACCACCUGCCUACAAACCUCCACCAAGUCUAUCGCCUCCUCCACCACCCCCACCAUCCCCUCCUGCCUACAAACCUUCACCAAGUCCAUCGCCUCCUCCACCCCCUCCUGCCUAUAAACCUCCACCAAGUCCAUCGCCUCCUCCACCGCCUCCACUACCCCCUCCUGCCUAUAAAUCUCCACCAAGUCCAUCGCCUCCACCACCCCCUCCUGUCUACAAACCUCCACCAAGUCUAUCGCCUCCUCCACUGCCCCCACCACCCCCUCCUGCCUACAAACCUCCACCAAGUCCAUCGCCUCCUCCACCGCCCCCACUAUCCCCUCCUGCCUACAAACCUACACCAAGUCCAUCGCCUCCUCUACCGCCCCCACCACCCCCUCCUACCUACAAACCUCCACCAAGUCCAUCGCCUCCUCCACCGCUCCCACCACCCCCUCCUGCCUACAAACCUCCACCAAGUCCAUCGCCUCCUCCACCACCCCCUCCUGCCUACAAACCUCCACCAAGUCCAUCGCCUCCUCCACCGCCCCCACCGCCCCCUCCUGCCUACAAACCUACACCAAGUCCACCGCCCCCACCAUCCCCUCCUACCUACAAACCUCCACCAAGUCCAUCGCCUCCUCCACCGCCCCCACCAUCCCCACCACCCCCUCUUGCCUACAAACCUCCACCAAGUCCAUCACCUCCUCCACCACCCCCACCUGCCUAUAAACCUCCACCAAGUCCAUCGCCUCCUCCACCGCCCCCACCACCCCCUCCUGCCUACAAACCUCCACCAAGUCCAUCGCCUCCUCCACCACCCCCACCUGCCUACAAACCUCCACCAAGUCCAUCGCCUCCUUCACCACCACCACCACCCCCACCACCCCCUCCUGCCUACAAACCUUCACCAAGUCCAUCGCCUCCUCCACCGCCUCCACCAAGUCCACCGCCUCCUCCACCACCCCCACCACCCCCUCCUGCCUACAAACCUCCAUCAAGUCCAGUGCCUCCUCCACCAAUCCCACCGCCCGCUCCAGCCUACAAACCUCCAUCAAGCCCACCGCCAUCUCCACCAAGUCCACCACCUACUCCGGUCUAUAAACCUCCAUCAAUCCCACCACCUCCUCCACCAAGCCCACCACCUACUCCCAUCUACAAACCUCCACCAAGUCCACCCCAAAGCUCACCAGGGUAUGGAAAUCCUCCACCUUCUGGUUACUAUUAA